CGACCGCAGGAGCUGCAGUUUCAGAGGAAGAUGCUGCAGAAACAGCGCCCGGUGAUGUACUAUCCGAACUCAAGAAACCCGAGUCGACCACAGUACUUGCAGAAGAGGCGAAUGCUCAACCCCAGGAACCACCUGUUCAAGCAUCGAAUCAGCCAGAGAACCUCGUUAAGGAAGCAGUGCCAAUCACUCAGCCGACAAAGAAGACAAGCCCGCCCGCUCUGGUAGUUCCUCCCCAAGAAAGAAUGACGACUAGAGUAUCCUCAGGAGCGAUUCGACACAAGUCUGUGUCUGAGAUCCUCGGUGAGGCCCCGAAAACGCCCGUUUCGCCCGUUGAAAAGUUACACACAACUGGGACACCUACCGAUAUGGGAUCUGUGGAUUCUGUUGCAAGGAUGCGUCUCAAGGACCGACGAGCGCGAGAGAAGGAGAGGAACAAGCUUUCGACUGUUGUUUUCCCCAAGCAGCAGCAACAACACGACAAGAAUGGCGCGAUGGAUCUUAUUCGUCAGCAAUCUGGCGAUCUACUCAGGCUGAAUGAGGAACAGGACUAUCUCUUCACCUUGUUCCAGAAUAAGGCUUACGCUCCACCUCGAGGAACAGCCUUGGCUGGCCUUCUCUCUUCAGCCCAUAAAACUUUAUCGACGAAUAAUUAUCUUCUUGACUACCAGGAGCAGAUGGAUUGCCGCAUUCUACGCCGCAUAUAUGACCUUCAGAAUGCCAAUAGGUGGCCAUUGCGUCAACUGAAGCGUUCCGCUGAACCGCCUAGGCAGGGUACCCACUGGGAUGUUCUCCUGGACCACAUGAAAUGGAUGCGCACGGAUUUUAGAGAAGAACGUAAAUGGAAAAUGGCAGCAGCGAAGAGCUGUGCUGAUUGGUGUGCCGAGUAUGUUCACAGUGACCCUGAUUCCCGGUCGAUGUUGCGCGUUCAAGCGAGGAUCCCACCAAAAGAAAUCCACAAGAAGGUCGAGCCACAAACUAUGACGAUGGUUUCCCCUCCAGAAGAACCGGGAAGUGAGGCCAUGGAACUUUCCCACCCUACGCCCGAUCUGGUGCCUUCGACUGAGGAGGACUCACUCAGUGAAGGUAUCGCUGAUGAGCCGCGGCAUGAUCUACAUGAUACAGUUGCGCCAGCCGCGAUUUUCUCGCUUGGUUCUGAUGAAUUCAAUUUCUCCCUGGAUAUGACUCCGGCAGCACAGAAACUCCUGGACGAGUUACCCAUCUAUACCCCUAUGGAAAUAGCACCAGGUGCGCAAUUUCCAAAUUUCAAACAACCUUUAGAUUCAUCCUGGAAGACCGAUAUUCUUCCUGUUUCUAAAUACGCCCAGGGGAAGAUAUCGUUUCCCGAGGACGAGCCCGCAAGGAAACGAAGUCGCUAUGAGUAUUCGCAAUACAGCUCCGGUUCUGAGCAUCCCGUUCUAGACUUACCGCCUGAACAAACCAAUGUUGCCCUAUUUCAGCCCGAAAAUAAACAUAUCCGCGACCGUAUACACCCAGCCCAACCUUUCAGACCUCCAACUGAGUACCCCAUGCCCUCUCUUGGGUUUUUGGAGUCAAGACAAUCAUCUCAGUGGACCUACGCGGAAGACGAGGAGCUUCGCAGCCUUGUCGAGGAAUACUCGUACAACUGGUCACUCAUAUCUAGCUGCCUUACUCCGUCAUCUCAGUUUUUAUCCGGCGCGGAAAGGCGGACACCUUGGGAAUGUUUCGAGCGCUGGGCAGGAAUAGAGGGCCUACCUUCUGAAAUGUCCAAAACACCAUACUUCAGGGCCUAUCAUCAAAGGAUCGAUACCGCCCAGCGUAAUGUUAUGGCACAGCAACAAGCGGCAGCCCAACAGCAGCAGCAACAGCAGCAGCAGCAGCAGCAGCAACAACAGGGUAAUAACAAUGGCAACCAACAGCCGAUGCCUUUGAUUCGUAGGAGAGGUACACAGCCCAUCCGGGUUGACCGGAGGAGGUCUUCUAAGCAUUUGGCGCUUCUCGACGCUAUGAGGAAGUUGGCUAAGAAGCGGGAGACGAUGUUACAAAAGCAACAACAUGCUUCCCAGCUUGCUUCGUUAAGAAAAGUUAACGAAGCCAACCAACCAAAGCCUCCCAUUUCGACACCCGCCGAGUUCAGUCGCUUGAAGCAUGAACGCGAACUAAAACUUCAAGAGAGACAGGAGCAGUACCGCCAACAAAUGAUUGCUCAGCAGAGGGUGAGUAUCCUGACCUAAACUGUGUUAUGCUGUUUUGUCUAACGUGGUAUGAAGGCAAACCUUGCGGCCCGUGCAGGUCAAGUGCCCAACCAGCAACAGAU